AUAUUCUCGAUGUCACCGUAGAGAUAUACCCGCUAAAAGAAAACAAAAACCAAGUGUCGGAAUCAAGAACUGUCGAUAUUAUUACGUUCUUAAUCCUCCGUAGCGAUUAAUCUGUCGAUAUUGAGGACGAUUCUUUGAAGCUGUGUGAGAGUUGUAUAUUUGUCUCGACCAACCAUAUGUGACUUAACUACCACCAUGGACUUUGAUCAACCAAUCGAAGAGAUUCAGCGAGAAAGACAGGAAAUGGGGCUUUAUGAUUUCUCCUAUGAUGAUGACGGAGGCAACGCCCAGGAUCCCGACGGUGCGAUUGAUGAUGAAACCAAUAUGUCCGCCCUUGAUCUUUACACCGACAUGGUCGUCAGAGACAGUGAAGAGGCUGCUUUAUCUAUGGCUAAGCUCAAGGAAGAAAAGACAUCUUUCAAAACUCAACUUGAUGCCGCCUUGAUUGAAGUCACCAAGUUAACCAAAGAGAAUGAGACCUUGACCAAAGAGAACCAAGUCCUGAAGAGCAACAUCUCUGUCCUGCUGAAGACAGCCAAGAUGGAGUUGCAGCGGAAGGAUAGAGAACUCAAUGAAUUACGUGAUAUGCAACUUGAUGGAGGAAGACCUGCAGCAAGUGCUCCCCAUCGUAAGACUAGAAGACUUCCCAAACAUCAGCGGCAGCCUGGCCUUCUGCGACAGAAUGGAACCCAACAUCCUAAGAAUAUAAAUAGAACUACCAAGGACUUACGUAAAACAGCAGAAAGCGAUAGUGAUGUCGAACAGAAACCAAAUGUUCAAGAGACUAUGUUUGUGCGUAGGCAAAGAGCAAAGAAUCAAAGGCAGCCUACAACUGCAAUGUUGCAAUCAAAAGUGUUGUCAUCAGAACAACCUGAACAAGAUGGUUCAAAGAGGUCGAUAGGGGAAACUCUGUUGCGUCUUUCUCAGCAGUCAUCACAUGAGAUUGAACUCUGUCGUUUGGAGAGCAAAGAAACAAAGAGGUUGGAACCAUUGAUGACAGGUCCUAAGGAAAGCCUGUUGCAAGGGACACUUACACCACAUACUGUUGCUGCAUCAAGACUCUGUGACCCAAAAGAUGUAGGAAAGCCAGAGGAUGUGCAUUCUGCUGUGAUGCCAUCUGAAGCAAAGAGGGAAAAAAUGGAUGAGAAAGAGAGAUCAAGAAGUAGAUCAAUUGAAAGAACUUCUGAGAUUCAAUCUAAAGACAGGACAUCAAUGAGAAUAUCUGAUGACCAUAGAGAUGUACUGCCCAGGAGUCACAUAGAUGAAAGAUCAUCCAGAACUAAGUCAGAUUACAAAAGAAGUUCUCCCAGUAGAUCUACAAGGAGCAGGUCGGAUGACAAUAGAUCAUCAAGGAGUAAAUCUCGAGACCGCAUCUCAGAAGAAAGAACUAUUGAGAAAGAGAGAUCAAGAAGAAAAUCAAUUGAAAGAACCACUGAGAAUCGGACUAGAAAGGAGACAUCUCCCCCCAAAAGAGAAGAAAGAACUGUUGAGAAAGUGAGAUCAAGAAGUAAGUCCGUUGAAAGAACUACACAGAGUCACUCUAAAGAGGAAUUGUCUAUGAAAAUAUCUGAUGACCACCGAGACAUGCAUCCUAGGACUCGCUUGCGUGAAAGGUCUCCAAGAACAAAGUCAGAUGACAGAAGAUGUUCUCCCAGUAGAUCUCCACGGAGCAGGUCAAAUGAUGAUAGAUUAUCUAGGAGUAAGUCUCGAGACCGGGAGGUUGGUAAAAGAUCAUCCAAUUAUAAAACCCGUGAGACCGACAGAAGAUCAUCUAGUGGUAAACCCUGUAACAAUUUCCUCGAUAAAGCCAAUGACCCCAAACUAAGUAAAAAUAUUCAUCCAAGGAAGUCAUCUUCUUCUCAAAGUCUAAGGUCAGGAAGGGAUACAAUAGUGAAGCAAGCCGAGUCUCUGGCAUUCAACCGCUCUGGAUCCCUCAAAGGAAGUGUUUUGAGGGACAGACACAGAGAUAGAGACAGAAGGAAUAGUAGACGUUCCAGUACACCAAUACGAGAGUCCAGUAGGGACUCAUACAGGUCGAAAGAAAUUCAGAAAACACUGAGCAGUAUUAUAGUGCCUUCAAGAAGGGAAAGAAGCCAGAGUCGGGCAAGAGAAAGAAUGUCUAGCAUUGCGAGAGAUUCUGUUGCGAAGGCUAAGGCUGUGCUUAGCAAGCGUUCAAGUAGCAAUUUCUCUCCCAAGAAAUCCCGAACGCAUGCAAAAACAAGACCAGUGAAGGAUUUGUGCUUCGAUGGGUUGACAGACUGGGCAAAAACAGAUUCAAGUUUUAGGGGCCAAGGUAGUGAUAGAAAACGGAAGCACAGAUUGUCAUCUUCGCUGGGUAAAGAAUCCCAACUCAAUGCCAAAAAGUUGAAGGCAGGUUCUCGCAGUGCAGAUACCUAUAAAUUGGACGUUGAAACUGAGAUUCACCUUGGGGAAGAUGGUACCAACACUUUUACAUAUGAAGAAGGACACACUGUCCUUGCCUGUGGAAUGAAAGACUCUAUUGAAUGUACCUCUAGUAAAGUUAUGGUACCGCACUCAAGUGUUAGCGAUUCCUAUGACACAACACAGAGUGAUAUGUCCUAUUUGUAUGCGUCAGGGUUUCAGGCUGAUAAUGGUGGCCCGAAUCAGUCAACAGAUGCUGCAGGAUUAGGUUUGAGUAAAGAGACUGAAAGGAACAAAGAAGAUGGUGAGCUGUCAGAAGGAGAAAUCAUCAGUGAUUAUAAUGAUGAUGAAAAGGCAAGUAGAACUGAAAAAUCCAAACACAGUUCUUCAGGGAAGAAAAAGAUGCAUUCAUCAAAACACAAACAUAGUCACCCCCAUUCCAAACAUAAGAGCAGGCCAAGUACUCUUAAAACGGCUAAAAGAGGCAAGAAACACAAGAGGAGAAGCAGUUCCGAGCAGGAGAUUCUGGAAAGGAAGAAAAGAAUUAGGGAAAAUACUAUUAGUGAUGAUUUAUUACAAUCAAAGACUCAAGAAGAUGUUGCUCCCAUUGCUACAGAUGUAGAGGUAUUACCAUGUUUACACGACCAAGGUGAACCAGAGACUGCUUCUGAAAUUACAAAUUGCUUUGGGGACAAGGACAAAGAUGGAUCAGUGUUCAUUGAAACCAAAUUGGAUAACCAGAUCGCACCCAGCAAUGAAACAGAAGGUGAAUGUGAUUCACAAAUCACCAAAUCAGCAUUUGGAACCUCUGGAGAUAUUCAAGUUAAAACCUUGACAAACGGUAACACUUCAAGCUCUUCUGUGGACGGACAGGAGCUUUCUGAGGUUCAAGAUGAAAGGAUAAAUGAAAGAAAUGGUAAAACAGAAGAUCAUACCAGAAAUGAAAGUGUCACAAACCUGAAUACUGAGGCUUUACCACAGGAAGCUAUUUCUACACCCUUCAAGGAAUCGGUCUGUGAAGGAGAGCUGGAAAUGCCAGACAGAGAAACAGGAAUAGCUAAUGUUAGUAGAGGAAUUUUGUUUGAGGAUCUGUGCCUGUCCUCAUCUGUGGAUGAUACAUCAUACCUGUCCUGUGUUGGAACUGGCUCAGAAAACGUUAAGAAUAGUUUCUUGAACUCCUUUGAAAAGCCUGAUGGUCAAGUCAAGGACACUAAUGAUUCUUUGGAGAAUAAUCAAGCUUUUAAAAUAGAAGAAAGCCAAACCGGUGAAGCAGAGAUCGAUGAACCAUCCGACUUGAAUUUGCAACAUAUUCAUGCCCCACUGCGAACAAACAAUAGUGAAUGUGUUACUGCUCCAAGUAAUUCAGAGGGGAUAAUUUCUGACUUACAAAUGGAAACUACAUUAAGUGGUAAACUGGUGGCAGGUGCAACUUUCCAGGAAAGGGUCCAUGAAGGAGAAGAUAUCGAUAGCAGUCUUUGUGAUACGUCAGUGGAGUUGAACACUAGUAAAUCAUCUGAACCUGCUCAAGGCAUUGCAUUUGAUCCGUGUGUGAAUGCGUUGAACAAUGAUGAUUCUGAAAGUGAUCACCCAGUCUUUGAUGAAGAAAACGAUGCAGUGUCCUUGCAUGCCGGAAACGGUGACCUAGAUAGUUUCAUGCGUGACAGUGCCCCCAAGGUGAAAAAGGACUUUGAUCAACUCUUCAGUGAAAUGGAAAGUGUCGUUAUCUUGAAGGAAUCAGAACCAGUUGAUAAGGCGGAGACUUCACUGCAGUUGACUUGUGAAUGGAGCAAUAUAGAGAUUCAAGAUUCCUCCACCAAGAUGGGUGUUGAGCCUGAUCAAAGAUCUGUCACUGUAGGUGCUCCUGUCUUUGAUGAUGGGUGUGCCCAAGACAUGGACUAUGCUAAGGACCCUCUAGCCGUUGACACAUCUUUAUCAGGUCAAGAGGAAGGAGGAGAGAUGGACGAAAAUGUUAGAAAAGAGAACGGAAAAGGAAUUUCCCGCAGUGAAACUGGUGAAACUUCAAAUGAAAAGCAUUUUAAAAUAUCCUCAGGAAAAGCAGCUGAUUUGCAAUCUAAAGACUUAUGCUCUUCCAAAGUUGACCCUCUCAACCUUGGAAACUUAGACAAAGGUGUAUGUGAUGCAAUUGCCACAGAAGCAGCUGGAGCAAGUACAGUUGAAGAGAAGUCGAGUAAUACUGCAGUAUCUCAAAGUGUUGGCAAUGGUGCUCUCAAAGAGCCCUCCCUAGCAGUUGAGAGUGAAUGGACUGAUGAGCAGACAAGAAAUCUAUCUCCAAGCACAGUGACAGAGGUUGACCAAGAACAUCAGCAAGAAGGUGAAAGAACGUGCCCUAGGAAAGCUGGGGAUGAAUCUCUAGUUUCCAGUAAUGCCACUGACAGAAGUGAUGAGGAAGGGUCUGAAAUUGAACUUGACUUUGUAGAAGAUGUUGAACGCGAGGAAGAUGCAGCGGAGGAGGAGGAACAAGAGCAUAGCAUCUACAUCAUUGAUAUACAGCCUGCAACUUCUCAUAAAAGAAAAGAUGAUUCAUGCGCAGAGAGUGACGAGGAGAGGGAGGGGAUGAACCAGUCAGGUAGUUGUUCCGCUGAUCUAGAAGGUAAUGUUAAGCGUUUGGAACCUGCAGGAAACAGUCUUGGAACAGAAGUAAAUAAAGAUGACUGCAAAGAGAUAGAGAAAGACACCAUGAGGGAUUACAUAGUUGACGAUCAAGAUGCUAAUGAGGAGGUUGGACAAAAGUGUGAGGAUUCAGAAGGAGAAGAAGGAGAGAUCUUAGAAGAUGGUGAAGAAGAAGAAGAGACUGUACAAGAUUCACGUAACAGAGAUGACAGAAAACGACCACGUGAAGAUUCAAGGACAGAUCAACGACAUGAGGCUGAAUCUGAAAGAUCUCAUCCCAGCCGCCAUCACCACAGAACUGUCCAUCAGAUUUCCUCAAGUGGCAAAAGGGAAAGCGGCCCCGACAGCCAUAAGCCUAUGAAAGAUGGAAAAGGUGAGAGAGGUAGAAGUGGCUCAUCGGAACAGAGGUCACACAGAGAUGUGGAGAGGAGAGAAAGCAGGAGACGUUUAGAGAGAGAGGACAGGGAUUCCAAAGGAAAGUUGCGCAGUGAUGAUCGUCACCCCAGGUCAAGACUUGAAGAAAGGCAGAGAGAAUCUGAGAAGAAAAGAGAAGAGGAUAGAAGAAUUAAAGCUUUGGAUCGGAGAAGAGAAGAAGACCGUCGUAGGAUGGAGCGGAAAAGGGAAGAUCAAAGACAAGAAGCAAGGAGGUUAGAAGAAGAGCGCAAGGAACAGGAAGAAAGGAGGAGAGUCCGAAGAAAAGAAGAGAGUGAAAAAGCUAAGUCCAAGUUAUACGAUAUUGAUAAAAAGUCAAGGCUACAUGAAAGCGAAAAGAAAAGAGAACCACAAAGAAAAUCAAAGAAAGCAUCGGAAUGUAGGAAGUCAUGAUAUAAAGAAAUGAAAUAUAGGAAUUUUAUUUGGUUAACAUAAAACUCACAAUAUAGAUAGUAUAGUCAUUUUUACACAAUUAUUGAUGGCUAAUUACCAUUAAUGUUAUUGUAAAUUCUUCUCAAAAGACCAUAUUGGCAACCUUUGUAUUUGAAAUUAUUGAAGUGUUUCCUCCAUGACGGUUUUCUACUUACGCCAUCCAUCUAGGUGCUUUUUGUCGACAUUAUGCUCUCAGGUUGUGUGUCUGUCCGUCUCAUUUUCGUUCUCAUAACUAUAGAACCGUUGCAUGGAUCAACUUCAGUCUUCGUCCAAGCUUGCAUAUUGCAUUGACACUGAUUUGAUUGAUUUUCAGGGUUUCAAGGUCAAAGGUCAUCAUUAAAUACCUGAAAAUACAUUAUUCUUGCAAUAAAUGAAAAUUGUUUGAAGAUUUAAUUAAAGGUCAAGUCCACCCCAGCAAAACAUUGAUUUGAAUAAAUAAAGAAAAAUCAAACUAGCAUAACAUUUUAAAGUUUCGCUUAUUUUUCAAAAAACAGUGAUAUGCACAACUCAGUGACAUGCAAAUGUGUCAGUCGAUGAUGUCCAUCACUCACUAUUUCUUUUGUUUUUUAUUGUUUGAAUUAUACAAUAUUUCAUUUUUUACAGAUUUGACCAUAGGGACCAACUUGACUAAACCAUAUAGUAUUAAACAAUGCUAAUUCCACAUUUUAGGGAGGAAUUAAUCCCUGUUUCAUUUGAUAAUGAGAGAAAAUUAGAAUAUUUCAUAUCUCAUAUAAUAAAAUACAAAAGAAAUAGUGAGUGGGUGAUGUCAUCAGUCUCCUCAUUUGCAUGCCGACCAGGAUGUGCAUAUAACUGUUUUGUGAAAUUAAGCGAAACUUUAAAAUGUCAUAACUUUCUUAUUUUGCAUCCGAUUUUGAUGAAAUUUUUAGUGUUAUGCUUCUUGGAAUUUUCUCUUUAUAUUCAAAUCAAUUUUUUGUCGGGGUGGACUUUUCCUUUAAGUACUUACCUCAUGUUUGCAUGUGGAAGUGAAGAUUUGAGGGUUUUGAGUUCAAAGGUCAUAGUUCACUGAGGUCAUGUUCACUGAAUGGUCUAUUUCUCACCAUAAUUGAACCGAUUAAGGGAUCAACUACUUUAAGGUUCUUAAAAUUUAUUUUGGAGGGACAAUAAACUUAUUAGAUUUAGGGGUCAGGAGGUCAAAGGCCCACAGAGGUCAUAUACCCCAUAAUAUGUUCUCGAAGUGAAGAAAGAUCCAUUCAAAGUAUGAACUUCAAACUUGGUUCACAUAUGCAAACUGAAGGGACAAUGAUCUGUUUGAUUUGGAGGUUAAAGUUCACAGUGGUCAUCUGUGUGUAUUUCAUCACGUUACUGAAGAGCUAUAUUCUUUGUCGGUCAUCAUUACACCUACGACAGUGCAAACCCAUUCCAGAGAAAACCAACUUAAAAAUUUCCACAAUGUGUCCCCAGCCUUUAAUACAGCAUAUUCAUUGCUAGAAAAGUACAUGGUUAGAAAGACAGAGACAAUUGCUCGACAUUGGUGUAUUUUUUUAUUGAAAACCAAGAAUCAGCGAAAAUGAUUAAAGUGUAUGCUUUAUAUCUCAGUCACAUUUGCUCUACGCCGAGUCAAAAAUAACCCAUUCAUUUUUAUUCAAACCACCUACAAUGUAUAUGUAGCUGGUACGAAAAUGUUAAAACGGCUGUUCGACUCGCCGUACGGUCGCCUUAGAGCUAAUGUGACCGAGGUAUUACAGUCAUAUUUUUAUGUUAUGUACCAAAUUGACAAACAAGUGCAUGCAUGUCAUGUGGCAUCAUUCGUCAAUUUCUAACCCAAUGCAAUCCUUUUCAUCAGGUAAUGGUUUAUGAAAUAACACCUUUUUAGCAACAACAAAAUUAAGAUAACUUCUUAAAACUCUCGUAAUAUUUACUAAAAAUACUUCUUUUAUUCAUAUAGUACAACAUAGUGGGGGCGUUGUGGUCUAGUGGUUACAACCCUUGUUUUUCAAUCAGAGGGACGUGGGUUCAAAUCCCAUCCUUGGCGUGUUUUCUGUCAGCAAGAAAUUUACCCACAUUGUGCUGCACCCAACCCAUGUGAGGUGAAUAGGUACCUGGCAGAUUUAAUUCCUUGAAUGCACCUUAAGCAGCUGGAGCUGUAGUUGGGGUGCGCCAUUGAAUCAGCAACUAAAUAAUCAUUGCCUCAUGAAUGCUAGAUAUGAUUAUUAACAGCAGCAGGUUCCUAGAAAAAUAUUUGGGGCUGGAAAACUUCCCGGGAUAAUUUUGAUCAGACAUACAGGUGGAGAGCUUGUUUUAGUUUAUCUCAUCAUCAUGUCGUUAAUAAAUUUGGUGCAGUUUGGAGGGCUGUUACCGGGGCUUUCAGUAAGAAACCAAAUUAAUUGCAUGUUGAUUAUUCUUUCAAGUACUUAAUUUCUGUAUGAUUGCAGCAUUUUUCAUGUAUAUUUAAUUGAUGUAUGUAUUCAUAUUGAAUAUGUCUAUACUUUAUAGAAUUGUAAUUAUGUAUUAAAGAAGAGGUUAUACAUGUACAUACUAUGUAAAUUUGACAUAAGAAAGAUACGCUUUAAGGAAAAUUUGUGUGUAGAUAUCAUUAUUUAUUUUUAUUAUGAUGAGUGCUCGGUUUCAUGAAGAUUGUCAGCACUGGCUAUAUUGUCAGUGAAAUCCAUGAUUUUGAUUGGCUAUAGAAGCAUUUGUGGAGCGUUGUGGCCCAGUGGAUUAGUCUUCGGACUUUGAAACAGAGGGUCGUGGGUUCGAAUCCCAGCCAUGGCGUAAUUUCCUUCAGCAAGAAACUGAUCCACAAUGUGCUGCACUCAACCCAGGUGAGGUAAAUGGGUACCGGUAGGAAGUAAUUCCUUAAAAAGCUGUGUGCGCUAUGAACGCCUAGCUUAGCCGGGUAAUAUAGGAGCGCCUUGAGCACCUAACAAGGUGGAUAUGUGCGCAAUAUAAAUACCCUAUAUUAUUAUUAUUAUUAUUUUGACCCUGACUGUUUCCAUGGUAACUGUCAGAUAAUGACGACUUGUCCAUGCUGUCAAGCUUCAUGAAAUAUUGUGCC